CUCCGGAGGUCCUUGUUACUUUUGGGUCACUAAAAUCAAUUGGAAAACCCAAAUACUCUAUCGUGUCCCUGUAUGCAGAUGAUUUCCGUGACCUCAGAAGACGCUGUUGCUCAUCAGAGCUUGAUUAUAUAGCUUCACUAAGUCGCUGUAAGCCGUGGGAUGCUAAGGGUGGUAAGAGCAAAUCUGUGUUUGCUAAGACUUUGGAUGAUAGGUUCAUCGUAAAAGAGAUCAAGAAGACAGAGUACGAAUCAUUUGUGACAUUUGCUCCGGAGUAUUUCAAAUACAUGAAGGACUCUUAUGAUCUAGGCAACCAAACUUGUCUUGCCAAAGUUCUCGGGAUCCAUCAGGUAACUGUAAGGCAGCCAAAGGGUGGAGGGAAAGAGAUACGACACGACCUGAUGGUCAUGGAGAAUCUUAGUUUUGGCAGGAAAAUAACUCGCCAGUACGAUCUCAAAGGCGCUCUACAUGCUCGGUUUACAACCACUUCUGCUAAUGGCGCAGAUGAUGUUCUAUUGGAUCAGAACUUUGUCAACGACAUGAACAAAUCCCCGCUUUACGUUAGCAAAACAUCAAAACAAAAUCUCCAAAGAGCGGUUUAUAACGACACCAGCUUCCUAACGAGCAUAAACGUUAUGGACUACUCGUUGCUAGUUGGAGUUGAUGAUGAGAAUCAUGAGCUAGUGUGUGGAAUCAUCGAUUAUCUAAGACAAUACACAUGGGACAAGCAACUAGAGACGUGGGUGAAAUCGUCUUUGGUGGUGCCAAAGAAUGUACAGCCGACAGUGAUCAGCCCGAUUGAUUACAAGACGAGGUUCAGGAAAUUCAUGAAGACGCAUUUCUUAUGCGUCCCUGACCAGUGGUGCGACCAAGGAGACUCUUGAGGACAAGAAGCAUAUGAUUUAUAGUUUGGGGACAGAUGAUAUUUGAUUAUACCCGGUCUAAAUCGCCCAUCCAUAUGAUGACCCAAAAAAAAAAAAAAAACUAUUAUGAUUCUUUUAUUUGAUUAUAGCUUCACUUGUGUAUAUAGAGACAAGUCCAGUUUUUAUUUACCCCGUCAUUGUGCAGUUUUUUAGCAAGUUUAUGGGGUAGAUUUAGCGAUUGGAUUGUCUCUGCCUUUGUUUUUAUCCAUUUCAUUGAAAGGCAGAUUCAAGCAAGUGAAGUUUGUACCUAAAAAAAAAAGUCAGUUUGUGGCA